GGGUACUCUAUCGAAGCUCCACAUCUCGAACUAAGUUUCUGUCAACAUCAUCUCUUAUCUCAUACAAAAGCGAUUUUGUAUUUUAUAUUACUGGCGUUGCUUCUACAGGCGGCUAUGAUUAUGUAGAUUGUUAGGGAACUAUUAUGAGCCUAUCUAGUUUUUCGAGUAUUAUUUUUAUUACAAAAUAAACCCACACCGGGAAUAAGAUUUUAAUUCGUCAAUAAAUAUGAAUAUAAAUUAUGUAACUUAACUUACCCCCAAAACCAUUACCAAAUACACCAACUCGUACAGUGCAUCUAGCGACCACUGUAUGUACGACCUUCUACGAAACGACCAGACAUAAAGCUCGACUUAACACGUACACUCUUUAUAUUGGUGCCGGAAGCCAAGGAUGGAGUUCACUGAUCUUAGUGUGGGAGCCAUUCUUAUACGAUAUAUUUGAACCGAUGAUCGAAAUAGAUGUGGCGUGCACCCUCACACUCCCGCCCGUUCUUAGCUCUCUACCUUCUCUACCUUCUCGGGAUGUCGCACCACUUCAGUUAUGAACCUUUGCCCGAUAUCUCCAACAACCAGAUGAUCUCCCGGCGCACGUACUGUCAACGUGGAGUAUAUUUCGAGACCGUGGACGCUUUUGAGUGCGAAAUGGUGUGUUAAAUAUCUUCAUGGAGAUGUACUACUAACGCAUCCUCCCGGAGCGUUUUGUGACCGGUUUACGAGUCAAGCCGUCAAGGGCGGUCAAGGGCAAUCCAAGCAUGCAUCAGCAAGAUGAUGUGCAUAAGUUAUGAAAACAAGGAGCCAGGCGGGGACGGACUACACGCCCAGGUGGGCCGAUGAAGGCUGUGGGCGAAGGGCGAAGGGUGGGAAUUCCAGUCCAGCUGCAACCUUAGUUCGCGGGCCGACGCAGCACACCCUCAGUUCCAUGCCGACGAGGGAUUCGCAUCCAAAGAAUCACCCACCCAUCUUUCAAGUAGCGCGAGGCAGAUGGUGGUCACACGCUGCACUUGCAUUCCACCAGUGGCAUUGCCUGCAUGAUAUCUGAUGGAUAUUCAAGGACGGAUGCUCGAUCGACGCGUUUCUCGACCUUCGCAAGUACACCAUCUACAUGGCAUGACGCGAAAAGAGGAUACCUUAUGCUUCACUCCAGAGCUACCAGACUCUUCUGUGCUUCUCUCCACGUCCUUACGCGAUCUAUACUUGGUACUCUACAUGCAACAGCAUCGCCGAUCUUUACGAACUCCAAACGCUCUUCUCUUGGUGUUUCGAACUUGAAAUCGCACUUACUUGAUUUAUACAUCUCCGAGCCUCUCCGAGCCUGGUUGGCCUCACUCACAUGGCUGGCCGUUGGGUAUCUAAUCGUGGAACGGAUUAUUGGGCAAUACUGGUGACCACCGGAGCGAGCAGGAUACCUCAUCCUACAUGCUAUUGCAGUACUUUGUUUCACUUCGCACAUGCAGUUUGAGACAGUAAUAAUGGGGAGAGAAUGUUUGCUACGUUGAAUGGCCAAUCACAUGCGAUGAAGAGGCUCAGGCUGUCCUCAAGGAUAUGACUCUUUCCUUUGGAAGUACUUCCAGGCUGUGAUAUUCAGAACCGCCUUGUUCUUGACUCGAUCGUAGAUAGGAUAUCCGUGUUGAGCCGCGAGUCCCAGUCCGGUAGAGGCACAAUCCUCUUAGGAGACUUUAGUCUUUUAAGUCGGCUCUUCCUCUUUAAUACGACCUGCUGCUCUAGAAGCAACAUGACCAUCUUAUGGUCACGUUCCUUCCGGGCUAGUAGUAGCGGCGUCGCGCCAAGUCAAACUCUCCGGAUCUGCCUCAGCAUUGCUGCCUGCUCACUCGCACCGAUGAUCCAAGGGCCAAACCCGCAGUGAGAAAGCCACAUCAAGCUGAAGCGGGGUACUAUGCGCUCUGUGAUCAAUAUUGGCCAUUAGAAGAGCAGGGCAGAGGCGCACAACUGCCGUUAGGCUGAGGAGUCGUCUCACCAGCCAGCCUUCCGCGGGUCUCCGCCGAAGUCUGGGGGGAAGGAAUAAUGUCUCAAAGCGGAAGACUGAGGCCGCCCAUAUCUAGGUGUAAGAUGCUGGUCACGGCGAAAUACGCGUUUGAUGCAUGUUACUCGAUUAGGCCGCUCGAUAUUGCACAUCCCUACGGUCGUUGCGUCGUCUAGGCAGAGCGAGGGUUGGCGACGCCUCCGGUUAUCGCGAGAAAGCCCAAAAAUACAGAGUACUCGAGCAAGGCUAGGCUGAUCUCGCCAGGCGCAGUCAUCAUCUUGGUCGUUGUCGCCGUACUCGCGGUGGAACAGAGGCGGCGCCACGCUGAGUGAUAGACUGCGGCAUAUAGUGCCUGGGCUGUCUUUGGUACCUUGCUCGUUGGAGGAACCGUAUGUACGUACUUGAUGCGCGGCAAGUACCCUAACUUGGAAAGUGACAAUGAGAAACUAUCUAUAGAAAUUUAGAUCAUAUCGCUAUAACAAGAUGGCAGGCACUCUCUGGAUCGCCAUCAAAU